CAUCGAAGAAAAUGAAGAAUUUGAAGAAACUGUUGCAUAUCUUACUACUCGUUUAGCCGUUGAUGCUAAUAAUAUAUAUUAUUCUACAGUUUCAGUCGAAUAUCCUUCAACAAGUCCACUAAAUGACAAGGGGCCAUCUGGCUUUGUUACAGUUUAUAAUAUUCAGUAUAGCUUAGGUCCUGGUGGUCAGACAAAAGUUAAAUGCCCCUUUUUUGGUAACAUAAUUGUAACCAAAGAUCAGAGAAGGUGUCAAGGCGUUACAAUUUGUCCUCAUGCUGAUGAUCAAAUUAAAUCAGCAAAACAUUGCAAUGUUGAUUUUGAUUCUAAGGUUUUUAAAGCAAUUAAAAAUGAAUCAUCGAAUAGAACAACUUAUACGAAUACACUUGCAUUUUAUCUCGCCAUAAUUAAAAAAUCAUGUCCAAAAACUUUAUCUAAUGGUUUAGCAUGUGCUGGUUUGCCAGUUUUACGAAGAAUUAAAGAACAUACUUUAACACAAUAUAGAGCCAAUCCAAACCAAAGUAAUAAUCGAACAUCAUUAAUACUACAAUGCAAAGAUGGUUAUUUUAUUGGAUGUAGUUUAUGGAUUAAUGGAGAUAGCUGGCAUCGAUUUAUUCCAAUACCCGAAUCAUGUGAUGUUAACUUAAUUCGGCGUCUUUUAGAAGGAGAAUCGUUUGACCGCUCAUUAAUUCAAGAUAGAUGUUGUACUAUCUUACCUAAUACAACACACAGAAAGUUUUGUUCUAUUCAGGAUCGACUUAAAACUUUAAUAGAAACUGCUUCAAUGGAUUUAGAGCAUAUAACACCACGUAGAUUAAUAUCAGCUAAUAAGGAUCGUGUAGUUGAUAUAUUUCAAGAAUUUGCUACGUCGGAUGAAGAUGGAGCAUUAGAAUGGGGAAAUUAUUAUAUGAAGCCAUGGAGAUUAGCAUCUUUAAAUUAUAAUUAUUCAAAUAUUGCUGAAGAAGAUUGGCGUAGUGCGGGAGAAAAUACAAAUGCUGCUGAGUCAGCACAUGCCGAUGCUAAUCGAGAAGGAACUCAAAUGAGAAAACGGUUAGAUGAACGUCGAUUUGCAAUGUGUGAAUGUCAAGAUCAAUACAAUAUCCCCAAAACUGGUCGUUCGUCAGGACCUAUAGCUAAAGCCACUAAGUCAAUUAAAAAAUUUGAACCUUCAAAACGCAAAAAAAAUCCGCCUACAAACAAAAGAACUUCAAAUUCUAAUGCAGCUACGGCAAACAAUGAAGAAUUAAACGAUUUGGAUACUGAAAUUGCCAAACGAGAAAAGUUACGAAAACUUGAACUAAUCGACUAUGAAUUUCAGCACCAAAAAGAAAUGUUAGAUAUUGAAAAAAGAGCAAAAUUAGCUAACCUUCGUGCCCAGGAGUUAGCAAAUAUCGAAAAAGAAAAGGCUUUAGGUAUUAAUAAGGAUUAA